CAAGUUAACGGAACCAUGAUGUGCACUUGAAUGCAACAUCAGAUAUACUCUGUGACGGCCGAAAACUGCUGCACGAGCUGGUUGGCAGAGGGAACUCCUGAACCACGCGAGUAACCCUUCCUCCGUAACACACCGCUGUUAAAGGGAAACCGGACUGUCUUCUUCUUCUCUUAUUUAAUGGCGGAUUGCAAACAAUUUUUAGGUGCAUAAACCGGUCUGUCUGUUGAGAACACCGUAGGCAUGGACGGUUCUAUUAAAACACCAAUUACAUAUUCCGAGGGAGUGGAAGAAGAUUUUGAAGUAGGUAAAGCGGCUGCUUCUGUUCAAAGCUCCGGUGAUAGCCGGGGCUCCUGCCUGAAGAACAUGCGUUGCUUCAUCCCGCCGGACUACCGGCAUGAGCUGGUACAACUUUUCAAGUUAGCGGGACCAGUGAUCAUUUCCCAGUUGAUGGUCUUUAUGAUCAGUUUCGUCAGCACUGUGUUCUGUGGUCACCUGGGGAAAACUGAACUUGCAGGAGUGGCGUUAUCAAUUUGGGUGGUUAAUGUCACCGGUAUUUCCAUUGGCACUGGUUUGUCGUUAACAUGUGAUACCCUCAUAUCUCAGACGUAUGGGAGCGGUAACUUGAAGCGUGUGGGUGUGAUUCUCCAGAGGGGGGUUCUGAUUCUGCUGCUGGCCUGUUUCCCCUGCUGGGCUAUCCUCAUCAACACUGAACCUCUCCUACUCGCUGUCAAACAGAGCCCAGAGGUUGCCAGUAUCGCCCAGCUGUAUGUGAAGAUCUUCAUGCCUGCUCUGCCGGCUGCCUUUAUGUACCAGCUGCAAGGGAGGUAUCUUCAAAACCAGGGAAUUAUAUGGCCUCAGGUUGUGACAGGAGUGAUUGCAAAUAUCCUCAACGCAAUCAUCAACUACGUCUUCCUCUACUGUCUGGAUAUGGGCGUUGCUGGAUCUGCUGCAGCCAAUGCUAUCUCACAGUAUUUGCUGGCUGUUAUCUUAUUCGUGUACAUCUGCUGCAGGGGUCUGCACAAGGCCACAUGGGGAGGUUGGACACUGGACUGUCUGCAGGAGUGGGGACCCUUUGUCCGGCUGGCCAUCCCCAGUAUGCUCAUGCUUUGUCUGGAGUGGUGGAUAUUUGAAAUAGGUGGAUUCCUGGCCGGAGUGAUCAGUGAGACUGAGCUGGGAGCUCAUUCUAUAGCUUAUGAGCUGGCGACCUUAGCUUACAUGUUCCCACUUGGAUUUGCUGCUGCUGCCAGUGUACGGGUUGGGAAUGCUCUUGGUGCAGGAAACAUAGAGCAGGCCAAACUGUCUUCCAAAGUCCCCAUCGUUUGUGCAUUCAUAAUUGCAUGUUUCAUUGGAGCCAGCCUCAGCCUCGCCAGAAAUGUCAUAGGCUACAUCUUUACAUCAGAACAAGACAUUUUACAGAGGGUUGCUGACGUCAUGAUCAUAUUUGGCUUCAUGCAUCUUGUUGAUGCUGUUGCGGGUGUGGCUGGAGGGGUUCUCAGAGGAGCAGGGAAACAGUUGAUUGGUGCUCUGUGUAACCUGGUGGGAUACUACUUAAUUGGUUUCCCUAUUGGUGUGUCCCUAAUGUUUGCAGCAAACAUGGGCAUCGUAGGACUGUGGACAGGACUUUGCAUUUGUGUGUUGAUGCAGUCGAUUUUCUUCGUCACAUUUGUGUGCAAGCUCGAUUGGAAGAAGGCCGCUGAAGAGGCUCUUGUGAGAGCAGGAGUCCAGAUCAAAGAAGAAAAUGAGAUGGUUGAGAUGAAAGUUAAAGACUCGAAUCAGAACCAGUACCAGGUCAGCGCUACUGCAUCUAGUGGUGAGAUUGCUGAGGUGGACCACGCAUAUCAGGAGGCGCAUAUUGCUGACCAGAAUAAAUCCACUACCACUACAGUGGGAAAUGUUCUGUCAAUAACACAGCUGGUUUUACGGCGUGGCCUCAUAUUGCUGCUCAUGGUCAUCAUCCUCGUCGCUGGAAUCAUCACAGACAUCUUCCUCACCAGGCUGCUGAAAUGAGUCAUCCAGUGAUUCAAAGCUUGUUUUCAGACUGAUGGCUGUCAGGAUCGAUAGCAUCCGUCCAUUAAACUAAAUAUAAAUGUUAACGCUGAAUCACCUUGUAAUGAAAUGGUUACUGGUGCUGUUGAUCCCACUGAGGAUCAACCCCUGAGUCUGCAGCUUUGUGCUUUCAUAUACUACUGGACAGCCACUUAAUGGCAGAGAGUCGAAUCAAACAAGCCGAUAGGCGUGGAAUAUCUAGCCAAUGAGACCCAGAUAUUUUUUGAGAAGUUACAAUGUACAACAGUCUGGACAGCAAUAUGAAACCAAGCCUAGUAUGGCACAUAGAGGGCGAAAAUGGCUUAAUGCAAUUUUGCAAGAAUUUCUUGAGGCAUGUUUGAUUUGCCAUAACAAGUACUAAGAGUAAGGUGCUGUAUUCUGUAUAAUAGUGAAUUUCAAUAAUUUACUAUAAUGUUGAAAGAUAUAUGUGAGGGUAUUUUUGUUGGUUUUCUUGCCUGUACUAAAAUGAAUGUUCUUAUUUAUCUUUUUAUUUUUUUUAACAUGUUCAAAAUAAAUUAAACUAUUAGAUGAACAUGCUAAUUUAAGUAGCUCAGGUAGAGUUAAAGAAGAAAAGGUUUGGAAGAUGUUUUGAUUUAAGAGAGAACCUUUUGAGAAGUUGACACACUGUCCUUGGGUUCAAGUGAAAAUAAAGUAAAGACACUUGAAUGUAUUUGUGUAUAGGUAUUCAGGUGGCAUCACAUGCCCCACAGUGAAAAGACUGAGUGUGUGUGUGUUUAACAUAUGGCAAUAGUACUUCUUAUUUCGUCAUCAAAAGCUUAAAACAUAAGAAUUCUGAACACCACAAAUCAAAUCCAUGUGCUUUUGCAAGUUUGUCAUAGGUCACACAGGGGAAGGUGUAAUCAUAGACUGUAAAAAAUAAUUACAAUACUGUAAAAACGAUUUUUGGAUGAAAGAGUGAAGCUAGAGGUUGACACGGCCAAGCCAUUGUUGUUUAUGGUUUCCGUUUAUAGCAACCCGUUUUAAAAGGCAAGUUUUCUCUAAAAAUGGAAAAGAAACUUGCCCUGGAACAAUUCCUACAAAAGAAAGAAUGUGUUUGCCUUACUACCGACCGGCUUUGGUAAAAGCCUAACUUACCAGCCUUGCUGAUGGCCAAAAGAAUGGAGCAAAGCUCAAACCCGUUGUUGUGAUCUGAUUGGUUGAAGGACUAUCCAAUUGCGUACAGAGUCAUUUGAACUAUGCCCGUUGAUCACGCCUCUUGUACAGUAGAAAAUACAGAGCAGACUCCCCAGACUAAUGUUCAAUCUUAAAAGAUUGAGUUUGAGACUAGGAAAUCUUCUCUAAAAAAAAUCUGUAAUCUCUAAAAAUCUGUAAUGUUUAAUAGAAACAACCUGUGUUGUAGUGUAGCCAUAGGGUCAGAAAAAGGAUAUGAAGGCAGACUUCUUGAAAUCCAAUGAGUGUGUAUUUAUUAGUGUGCCAAAUCCACAUAUGAAAUGAGACAUUUAAAAUAAAAAUAAUAACACAUUGUAACUAUCAAGAGAAAAUGGCAUCAAAAUGCCACUGCCUUUAUAGGGCUCUCAAUCUACCCUGUACUGUCCCACUAUCUCCCAGAGGUGGGCCUACGCAACAUUUUUAACAUUACAAACACAGGGUUUAUAGUAUUCUGGCACCGUGCUGGAUCUCCAGUGUGCAGCCGUGGGAACUUAUUAUUUUCGAGUCAGUUGAUUUCACCUACCAAUCACAUGAGAGGAACGCAGCUCUAACUAACGCAGGGCUUAAGUUUACCCUGGUGCCCGAUUUCUGGCGUUUGACUAUUUUAGAAAAAUAAAUACAUUAAAAAGUCCACAUGGGAUUUGUUUUGAUGCGCUGGAUUUACCAAU